GGAAAAGUCAAUUGCACCGGAUGUCAUUAAACGCCUCUUAAAUAGAUAGGAGGCCGUAAGCAUCUCCCGGUAUUGGAAAAGGAAGCGCUUUUCAACGUCGUCACCGGUUUUGCCGUCUCUCCGUCACAGUACAACCGAGCGCAAAGGCAUCGCCAUGGAGGCUGUGACGCACUUGGUGAACGACACGGUAGCGUUUUACAAAUGGAGCCUUACCAUCGCAGACAAGCGAGUGGAAACCUGGCCGCUGAUGUCGUCGCCCUGCCCCACGCUGGCCAUCAGCUGCCUGUACCUGCUCUUCCUGUGGGGGGGGCCCAGGUACAUGCAGGACCGCCAGCCCUACACGCUGAGGAAGACCCUCAUCGUCUACAACUUCAGCAUGGUGGUGCUCAACUUCUACAUCGCCAAAGAGCUCUUGCUUGGCUCGAGAGCAGCCGGGUACAGCUACCUCUGUCAACCUGUCAACUACUCCGAUGACGUCAACGAAGUCAGGAUAGCGUCCGCUCUCUGGUGGUACUACAUCUCCAAAGGGGUGGAGUUCCUGGACACCGUCUUCUUCAUCCUGAGGAAGAAGUUCAACCAGGUCAGCUUCCUCCACGUCUACCAUCACUGCACCAUGUUCAUCCUCUGGUGGAUCGGCAUAAAGUGGGUCCCUGGUGGACAAGCUUUCUUUGGCGCAACUAUUAACUCCGGCAUCCAUGUCGUCAUGUACGGUUACUACGGCCUGGCUGCGUUGGGACCACAGAUGCAGAAGUACCUCUGGUGGAAGAAAUAUCUCACCAUCAUGCAGAUGAUCCAGUUCCACGUGACCAUCGGCCACGCCGGCCACUCCCUCUACACGGGCUGCCCCUUCCCCAACUGGAUGCAGUGGGCCCUGAUCGGCUACGCCGUCACCUUCAUCAUCCUCUUCGCCAACUUCUACUACCACGCGUACCGGAGCAAGCCGCCCCCCGCGCACAAGGGCCAAGUGAAGCCCGUCGCCAACGGCGUCUCCAAGGCCACCAACGGCCACAGCAAAGCGGACGAGGCGCCGGCGGACGACGGCAAAAGGCAACGGAAGGGACGGGCCAAACGCGAGUAAAGGACGGCUCGCCGAGGACAGCUGAAAUGGCGAGAGACGCGAGAUUGGGAGGGGAAGAUGGCGCCCGGCGAAGACCCUGCUGAAAGGACUGCCGCCUCUCUGGCUGCCCGUCGUCUUUCGUCCCAGAUUUCCUUUUAAAAGCAAGCAAGGUCGUAAAUGCUGAGCACGUAGGCGUUCACGUUGUUCUGUCCAAACAGUUUCCGCCUACGUCACAUUCGGAAUGUUCCCAAAUCAUCGACGCGUCACCAUCCAAAAAGUUCACA